AUGAAAGCGGAUUACGAGGCUGCUUGUGUUUUUAAUCCACCUGCGUUGCCGACACCGCCGUCGUUCUGCGGUGAUACCCGCGCGGAGAAGAGUCAGUAUAUGCGAGAGUACGAGAAGUAUCGUGGUCAACCUGAAGCGCUGCAGGCCGCUGGCCAGCCACCGUUUCAAAUGCCGGUGUCAGCAUGUAUUGAACCUGACGAGAAGCGCCGCAUUGCGUACUGGGAAAUGGACGGCAGGGACCGCAACACUCUGACGGACCCACCUCCACUCGAGGUUGAUGACCUCGUGGAGAAGAUCAAGUCGAAGAUGGUGUGCGACAUGGCCAUCUCUGAGGGCGACUCGCGCGUUGGCCGCAUGGUUGCCGCAUCAUCUCGUUUCGGGGACGAGAUCGGCCAGAACUGGAUUUUCGACGUUGAAAGCCAGGUGCAGAAGAAGAUGAAGCAUUCUCAAAACAAGCCGUUGAAGAACAAUGAGUACCACGACGAAGCUCGUGAAAUACUAGAGCUGAAGGCGGCGAAGGCAGCCGCGGCGACGCCGCAGAAGACCAAGUCAACGAGCCAGAGCAGCGGCGCUGCUGCUGUCAAGAGCAUCGACAAAUACCAAGGAACACCGCGCUUCAAGCAAAAAAAAUGCAUUGCGGAUUUGUAUGGAAAAUACCGCCAGAAGAGUGUCAAGACGCUGGUGUCGGAAGACCCCAAGCGCUCCAUUGCGUAUAGCGCAAUGUUGGACGGCGUGAUGUUUUUAUCGAGUGUGCUCCUAGAAUCGGGAGCAGAUGGCUUGCUCGUCACAACAGACGUGGUAACUGCGCUCCAGAAACUAGGAGCCGCGGUCGACAUUGUGGAAGUGAAGCCCAUGACCAUGAAGCCGUAUGGUCAGUCGUCGGAGCCGUUGCGCGUGACGAAACAAGCUCGCUUCAAGACGAUGCAGUUCGAAACGUCGUUUGGCCCGCUUGUGUUGCGUGGACUCAAGGCAUGGGUCGAUGAGACGUCGCAGGAUUGUGACCUGCUCAUCGGCAAACCAGUCAUGGAAGUCCUUGGCUUUAGCCAGGACGGAAUGCUGGUCGAAGCCCUUCGGAAAAAGGCAGUUUGA